AUGUCAGAAACCAUGGGAGAAUCCCGAGAGCCCGUGUUUAGCGGACGCAGGCCAAGCAGUUUCAGCAGCACUGACGUCCAAAAGGGAGCCAUUACUCGCGAUGGUCCCGUCGGAGGAGCUUCAACUGGAUCCCCAGCAGCGCCCACAGCAGCUACAUCGUCAAACUAUCACCGAGAGAGAUCACGAUACAACGUCUCGACUGGCUCUGGAUUUAAUCCGCCACCAAAGGAAGGAGAUAGCGCUGGUAAGUCCAAAAAUGGCUCUAAUGAGCAAUAUCCAACGACUUCAGUUGGGAUAGCGCCUGAUAGACUACGUACCGAUACUUCAGGAACAACACCGGGUCCAGGUGCAAAUGCGGCGAAUGAUAGUAGCGGUGAGACUGGGAUAAAGGGAACGCUCGCCGGGAUUUACGGCGCUGGCGAAUCCUUCCGAGGCACUGUCAACGCGGCGAUUGACAGCGCUUUCAACGACCAAAAGGGCGUCUCCAAGAACCAGGCGAUUGCUCGCGAGGGAGAGUGGGAGUUCAAAACUGGGCAGUUUUCCAAAUCGACAAAGGAGCGGGAACGAUUUGGUCGUAGCCGUUGA